AUGAAAUAUUUAAUAAUUCUUGUCGUAGCAAUUUUUGGAGUCGUCACUGCAACUGAUUUUGACAGACCAUGUCGAUUAGCAGAAAUGUCGCCUCUCGUGAAGCGAGAUUUCCAAGUUAUUCCUUACCUGGGACCAUGGUAUGAACAAAGACGUAUCGCAACCGAUCAAAUAGAUUUGGAUUGCGUAAUGGCUCGAUAUUCUUUAAACGCAGACGGUUCAGUUAAUGUUCAAAAUUCUGGAUACACUCCAAAUGGAAUGUUCACUGAAGUGCAAGUUCGUGGUGAACUUGAUUCACCAAAUGACGUUCCUUUGCUUGGAAAGUUAAAUGUUUUCUUUCCCGGAAGAUCAGACAUAUAUUGGGUCAUGGCUAGUGAUUAUGCGAACUACGCAGUUGUAUGGUCAUGUCUAGAACUUCCAGGUGGAAGAUCGAGGGAAAACUCGUGGGUGCUUGCAAGAGUACCAAACGCUAGUCAGGCGACGAGAACUCGCUAUGAAGAAGUUCUUAGAAAUGUUAAUAUUGACAUAACUCAGAUGAGAGAAACUAACCAAAACUUAGAGGAAUGUCGAUUACCACAAGCUUAA